AUGCAGGAGGGAAGGCUCAGCGUGCCCCAGCAGGCUGUCCCUUCACUGCGGUGUUGUUCUUGCCUUGCAGAUGAGCGGGUGGAUCAGCGAACCUGCCUUAUCUGCGGGGACAGAGCCACGGGUCUGCACUACGGGAUCAUCUCCUGCGAGGGCUGCAAGGGGUUCUUCAAAAGGAGCAUUUGCAACAAGCGGGUUUACAGAUGCAGCCGGGACAAGAACUGCGUCAUGUCGCGCAAGCAGCGGAACAGAUGCCAGUACUGCCGGCUGCUCAAAUGCCUCCAGAUGGGCAUGAACCGCAAAGCAAUCAGAGAGGAUGGCAUGCCAGGAGGCAGAAACAAAAGCAUUGGACCUGUCCAGAUAUCAGAGGAGGAGAUUGAAAGAAUCAUGUCUGGACAAGAGUUUGAGGGAGAAGCAAACAUGUCAUGGAGCAACAACGGAGACAGUGACCAUAGUUCCCCUGGGAAUGGAGUUUCUGAGAGCAACCAGCCUUCACCUGUGUCUACUCCAUCUUCAAGGUCCGUGGAGCUGAAUGGCUUCGCCGCACUCAGGGAUCAGUAUAUUGGGACGCCGGUGUCCACGCACUAUCAGUACCUCCCGCACCUUUUUAGCUAUUCCGCGCACUCGGCGCUGAUGCCCCCGCAGACGCGCAGCCUGGACCCCCAGUCGCACAGUCUCAUCAAUCAGCUGGUGUCGGCUGAGGACUUGGAGCCGCUUGGCACUCCGAUGCUCAUUGAAGACGGGUAUAAAGUGACUCAGGCAGAGCUGUUUGCGUUGCUGUGCCGCCUGGCGGAUGAAUUGCUUUUCAGGCAGAUUGCUUGGAUCAAGAAGCUGCCGUUCUUCUGCGAGCUCUCCAUCAAGGACUAUACCUGCCUGCUGAGCUCCACGUGGCAGGAGCUGAUUCUGCUCUCCUCGCUGACGGUUUACAGCAAGCAGAUCUUCGGUGACCUUGCAGACGUGACCUCCAAGUACUCCCCCUCCGACGACGAGCUGCACAGAUUCAGUGAGGAGGGGAUGGAGGUGAUGGAGCGCUUGAUCUACCUCUUUCGCAAGUUCAACCAGUUGAAGGUCAGCAACGAGGAGUAUGCGUGUAUGAAAGCCAUUAACUUCCUUAAUCAAGACAUCAGGGGUCUGACUAAUGCGUCCCAACUGGAGCAGUUGAAUAAGCGGUAUUGGUACGUGUGCCAGGAUUUCACAGAGUACAAAUACCCACAUCAGCCAAACCGCUUUCCGGAUUUAAUGAUGUGUUUGCCAGAGAUACGAUACAUUGCAGGAAAAAUGGUGAAUGUCCCCUUGGAGCAGCUGCCUCUUCUUUUUAAGGCCGUCCUGCAUUCCUGCAAGACAAGCGUGAGCAAAGAGUGAGCCCAAAGGCCCCCGGCCCGUGCCUUACUCCGAUGCCUCAGGCAGGGACCCGGCUCACGAGGAGAGGGGGAAAUGUGAUCCAGGCAGUGGGGAAUUGCUGAGACAAGGCAACGGGUGCCCCUGCUGUUGUAGCAAGAACCUGUUUGUUUGUUUGUUUGUUUUUUUACUCUUUUUCCUAUAUAUUUAUUUCACGACAGAGUUGAAUGUAUGAUCUUCAACACAAUGCACAUGGUUCUGUAGGAGUGCAGCAGAUGCAUUCCCUAGCAGUUUACAGAAUGUGAAGAUGUUUAAUGUUACAGUGUUUGUUAGGGUUAGUUCUUUUGUAUUUUGGGGACCGGGGACCGAGAUGACUAAGACUACCUCAAGGAGAAGAUGCUGUUUGCGCACUGCUCUUUCCAUGAUUUGUAUACGAAAGCAUUUGUCACAGAGAGCAAGCUGCCUCACUUCACUGACA